CUGUCGGACGGUCAGCGGCGCCUGGCGCGAGUCAGGUCGACAGGCUGAGAACCAGGUUUUCCUUCAGGCCUGUGUGUUUUGCCUCAGUUGCUGGUGCGUGUCCGAGGAGGCGAGCCUGGCCGCGUCGUCCUGCCGCCAUUUUGCUGACUCCCCGGAUCUUCCAGCGUGUUCCCCACCUUCGUCAGCGCCGUGUCCUGGAGCAGCCCGCCUUGUUGCGUGUCUCUGUUCCAUGACGGUCCAACCUCCAAGGAUGCUGCGCGUGACGCAGGUUUUGGAUAGCUUGAAUCCCCAGCUCUUAUGUCUGCACGAUCGAGAAGAGGACCCAGAGGCCAGUGCCAGAAGUAACCCGGAGGCGCUGAAGGCCUCUCGGCAGAAGCUUGCUAUGCAUUUUAAGUACCUGUCCGUGACGGGGCCUCACCAAGCUGUGCGCGAAAUCCAGGCGCUCUGCUGGGACUGGCUGCGGCCGGAGACCCACACCAAGGAGCAGAUGAUGGAGCAGCUGGUGCUGGAGCAGUUCCUGAGCACCCUGCCGGAGGAGGUUCAGAUAUGGGUGCGGUCCAAACACCCCAAGAAUGGUGAGGCGGCAGGAGCCCUGGUGACAGACUUGAUCCAGAAAUGUGGGAUAAAAGGUGAGGAGGGAAGGAAGCGAACACCUGCUAUGCGCCUGGCGUGUAGUAGGGGCUGAAUAAACAGCUACUGAAUGAAGGAGUGAAUGAGUGAAUGAAUUUUAUAAUUCAGUGUAGUCUGCCUGUGUCACAUGAGGUGGGA